AUGUCUUGGAAUCGUUACAACCUUGGUCAAGCCAAAAUCUUCUAUGAUGAGACACACCCGCUCCUAUCGAGUAUUGUGCUCCCACCUCAUGUGGAAGAGGUCAAAAGUUGUUUGACGGACUUUUCAUGCGUCCUCAAUGGGAGAAAUCGUUCUUUCCCUGAAAUCUCAAAAGAGGUAGUGGAGGAUUUGGACCGCGGCCUCAGUCUAGAACCAAUUAGUAAAGCAGCAGAGAAGAUUCAACAUGAAGUCCUUGGCAAAGUCGGUGGGGGCUAUGAUGAAAAUGUCUGGCAGGGGAUUUUCGAAAAGUGCUUCUUCGAUCGGCUUACCGACUCUCUGUCUACGUCUAGGGAGGAUUCAAGACGAGUAUCACGAAACAAGUACUACUAUGAUCAGGUUAUACGAAGCAGUGACCAGAUGUGGACCUUAUUUGAACCUGAUCAGACGGCAACAACCACACGAUUAAGGCCAGUGAAGAGCUCGAAGCCUGAUUAA